GGCGGAAGCGCACGCUGCGUGCAGCGGCCUGGAAGCCGGCGGUCACGGGAAUAUCCGUCGCGCCGAGGACGCUGGUUAGUCUCGCUUUGGGUUCCGGCUGCGUCGGGCGUGCGUGUAAGCUCGCUGGGAACUAUGGCGUCCGGGCCUCACCCGACCUCGACCGCUGCCGCCGCCUCCGCCUCGUCCGCCGCCCCGAGCGCGGGCGGCUCCAGCUCGGGCACGACCACCACGACGACGACGACGACCGGAGGGAUCCUGAUUGGCGACCGCCUGUACUCGGAGGUGUCGCUAACCAUCGACCACUCGCUGAUUCCGGAGGAGCGGCUCUCGCCUACGCCGUCCAUGCAGGACGGCCUCGACCUGCCCAGCGAGACGGACCUGCGCAUCUUGGGCUGCGAGCUCAUCCAGGCCGCCGGCAUUCUCCUCCGCCUGCCGCAGGUGGCGAUGGCAACGGGGCAGGUGUUGUUUCAUCGUUUUUUCUACUCCAAGUCUUUCGUCAAACACAGUUUCGAGAUUGUUGCCAUGGCCUGUAUUAAUCUUGCAUCAAAGAUCGAAGAAGCGCCAAGAAGAAUAAGAGAUGUGAUUAAUGUGUUCCACCAUCUUCGCCAGUUAAGAGGAAAAAGGACUCCGAGCCCCCUGAUCCUUGAUCAGAACUACAUUAACACCAAAAAUCAAGUUAUCAAGGCAGAAAGGAGGGUGCUAAAGGAGUUGGGAUUUUGUGUUCAUGUCAAGCAUCCCCAUAAGAUCAUUGUAAUGUAUUUACAAGUCUUAGAAUGUGAACGUAACCAAACCCUGGUUCAAACUGCCUGGGUAGUCCAUGAUGGUAAGUCAUAGAACUCUGCCCUCUGCACUUCAGCCCAUGACCUCAGGAUGGCCUGAUUGGCUAGCCUGCUCUCCAGCCAAUCCAGUGCAAGCUCUCAUCCGAGAUUCACUGAAGUGGUCCAUAUCCAUCUGGCAGCAUCUUCUAGUUCUGUCGGGGUGUCAAAAGGAUUUGUAUAUUUGCUUCUAGAAGUAACUGUGCAUCAUGCCUAUGUAUUUAUUGUAUACCUGUAACUAUCAAAAUGAACAUUUCAUUUUUGAUAGAUUGUUGUCCAGCCAUUAUGAAUUGUUUUUUUUUUUUUUAAUUGGGUUCAGUUAAAUUUCUACUUGCAGUGUGUAUAGCAUCCAUUAUACAAAGGAGGCUACCUUACACUUGGAGCUAUAAAUGAUACCUGUUGCCAUUUUAGGUUACUCCAGCUAUUGAACUAUUGCAGGCAAUGAUAGAAGAAACAAUUAUCUUUAAAAAGAAGUUAAUGUUAUUUAAAUAUUUUUGACCUUGGACCUUUGAGCUACAGAAUGUUUAGACAAGGAAGUUGUAGUCUACGCCAUAAAUUAUAUACAACUGCUGAUGAACAAGAUUAAAUAAUUCUGGACUUUUCCAGAAGUACAUCUUUUGAUGUCUGCCAUGCUUCUCUUGGAUUCAGUAGAUAUUGGUAACAUUAGAAAAGCCACAUUGCUUUAUAAAAUGCAUGAGUUUUUAAUGGGUUCUGUGGAGCAAAUAUAGCAGUUUCUAACAAGUGUAAGGAUUUUAUAGAAAUAAUCCAUUUAAUUUCCAGCUCAGGCUUUUCAUCAAAUUGUAAAGUUUUUUUAAUUAAGGAAUAUCAAUCAUGGGGAAGGUUCACUAGAAGUUUGAGAAGUUUAUUUAAUUGAUCUUAAGUCACUGCUUUUACUAUACUUGAUUGCAACAAGGUAUGUAAACAGCCAUUAUGUAUUUAUUGCUCACUUCUCUACUUAGAUUUUUUUUUUGAAGUUUUUUUUUUUUUUUUUUAAACUGUAAGAGUAACUUGGUGGGUUCUUACUAAACAUGCCUUUUUACCCCUGUUCAUGGUAUUUUGAAUUUUUAAAAAGAACUUAUUGACACUGCUUUUCAUUAUGGAUAAAGGAGAGAUGGUCAGUAACUAAGGCUUGAAGUAUUGUUGGGAGUGGUGAAUUCUGAAACUCAUGUCAGAAUUGACUUCUAAAAUGUUGCUUUUUAUAACUAUGUUAACAGAUUAUUUUGGGG